AGUGUCAAAACUGUCAAAAACAAUCAUCAAAUUUCACGUCAAAAUAGAAAAUAAAUUAGAAAAAAUCCUACUUGUUUUAUUUUAUUAAUGCUGUGAUUGUGCCCUAAGACUGCAAUUUAAAUAAACAUCCCCCCCCACAGUGCAAUAACACAGCUGCACCAUGGACGUGAUCCAAGCAGUGAAGAUGUACAUCACCAAGAUGACCGAGGAGAGUGGGCCGGGAAUGAAAGUUAUUCUCAUGGAUAAAGAAACCACUAGCAUAGUGUCCAUGGUAUACAGCCAGUCAGAGAUCCUUCAGAAGGAGGUAUACCUGUUUGAGAGGAUAGACUCGAAUGCACAGUGGGACAACCUGAAGCACAUGAAGUGCAUUGUGUUUGUGCGUCCCACCUCCGAGAACAUUGCACUACUGUCCAGGGAAUUACGGUAUCCUAAGUAUGGGAUGUAUUUUAUAUAUUUCAGCAACGUGAUAUCCAAGGCGGACAUCAAGACGCUGGCGGAGUGCGACGAGCAGGAGACGGUGCGGGAGGCGCAGGAGGUGUUCGCGGACUACCUCGCUGUGGACAGGCAUCUCUUCUCAUUUAACAUUGUUGGGUGUUUGCAUGGUCGCAACUGGAACCAAACCCACUUGCAGCGGUGCGCGCAAGGCCUGCUAGGCCUGCUGCUGUCCAUCAAGCGACGCUGCGUCAUCCGCUACGAGGCCUCCAGCGAGCCCUGCAAGCGAUUAGCGGAACGAGUCAGAGACUUGUUGCGUAGGGAAGCGGUGUUGCUGGAUAAUAAUAUACCGUUUAACGGUGAUGUGCCGGCGCCGCAGUUGUUGAUUUUGGAUAGACGGGAUGAUGCUGUCACGCCGUUGUUGAAUCAGUGGACAUACCAAGCCAUGGUGCACGAGCUCCUCACCAUCAACAACAACCGGGUGUCGCUGGCGCACGUGCCCGGCGUGCCCAACGACUUCAAGGAGGUGGUGCUGGCCUCGGAGCAGGAUGAUUUCUAUGCGAAGAACCUGUACUCGAACUUCGGCGAGAUCGGGCAGACGAUCAAGACGCUGAUGGACGAGUUCCAGAAGAAGGCCAAGAGCCACCAGAAGGUGGAGAGCAUCGCCGACAUGAAGAACUUCGUGGAGCAGUACCCGCUGUUCAAGAAAAUGUCCGGCACAGUCACCAAGCACGUCACCGUGGUGGGCUCCCUCUCGGACGCCGUGGCGACGCACAAGCUGCUGCAGGUGUCCGAGCUGGAGCAGCAGAUCGCCUGCCAGAGCGACCACGCCAAGCAACUGCAGCACCUCAAAAAGCUCCUAACCACGGAAUCCGUCCGCCACUCGGACGCGGCGAAGCUGGUGGCUUUGUACGCGCUUCGCUACGAGAAGCACGCCAGUUGCGCCGCAAGAGACCUGCUGCAAGCCCUGAGGGAGAGAGGGACGCCUGACGACCUCAUAGCGCUCGUGCUGGACGUGCUGGAGUACGGCGGCGCGCACGCGCGGCACGCUGACCUGUUCGGACUACACGACGCCGUCAACAUCACCAAGCGGUUCUUCAAGGGCCUCAGCGGCGUAGAAAACAUAUACACGCAACACACGCCAGCUCUAAAAGACACCGUCGAAGACUUACUGAAGGGCAGACUCCGGGAAAACCUCUACCCAACACUAGGCGGCGACGACGGCUACGGACGUAAACCACAAGACGUCAUAGUAUUCAUUGUAGGGGGCGCCACUUACGAAGAGUCCCUCUGCAUACACCAGAUCAACCAGAACUGGCCCGGAGUGAAAGUCAUCCUCGGGGGCACGACUAUACAUAACUCCACGUCGUUUUUAGAAGAGGUUAAAUCGGCUAUGCAAGGGGUUCAUAGGACGCAUACGCGCCAUAUUAAGAAUGUUGCUUGAGAGCGUUACGUUUUUGUAUGAUUUUCGUUGACGUAGGAUGAACCUGCGUGCGGAGUGUGAGUUUUUAGAAAACUAAACGCAAAUUUGUAUGGAGCGAGAGAGUAGCCGCGUACUCGCGCUGCACUAGCCUAUAAAGCCACACGAAUUAUUGUUUAUGUUUCACUUUUACCCUACAGACCAUCAAAUCAAAUGUAUUUGUUUCCCAGAACAUGAGUUGUGCAUACGGAUUCAAUAGUAAUAGUAUUUUUUCCAUAAUUUCUAAAAUUGUAACUAAUGUUAAUAUUGGUACUUACCUAUGUGACAUCACUGUUGGUAUCAUUCAGAAUUAGGCCCUUUGUAGGGCUUGAACCCAUUGCAUUGUGUGUACCUGUUAUGUAAAUACAUAAUUAUAAUUAAAUAUUUAAAUUAGUUCUGCUUGACAGACACUAUGAAUAGUAUUCAAUAUUACAA